GUGAUGACGCAGAGCGCGCGCGGGGCGUUUCAGCUACAGAAAAAGUGGGCUGAGGAAAGGUAUCGGGGUCUGGACGUGCGACCUUUGGCUAGAUAUCACUGAGCUAGGUGGGACAGCCAGGUAACAAUUUCAAGAUGCCAGGACGUUCCAGUACAAAUUCAGGUUCUACUCGUUACAUAUCCUUCAGUGGUGUAGAGUCAGCUCUCUCCUCCUUAAAAAACUUCCAAUCCUCUAUCAGCUCUGGAAUGGACACAGUUUCUAGUGUUGCCUUGGACCUUGUUGAGACUCAAACUGAAGUGAGUAGUGAGUACAGUAUGGACAAGGCCAUGGUUGAAUUUGCUAAAAUGGAUCGAGAACUGAGCCAUUAUGUUAAGGCUGUCCAGUCUACAAUGAAUCAUGUAAAAGAAGAACGUCCAGAAAAAGUACCAGAUUUAAAAUUACUGGUAGAAAAGAAAUUUUUGGCUUUACAGGAUAAGAACUCUGACGCUGACUUUAAAGAGAAUGAAAAGUUUGUGCAGUUCAAGCAACAGCUGAGGGAGCUGAAGAAGCAAUGAACUGCCAGGCUGUUUCCCACAGCGAGGGCGCCAUUUUACAUUUCCACCAGCAGUGUAUGAGGGUUUCAAUUGCUCCACGUCCUCACCGGCACUUGUUACUACCUGUCCUUGCUGUAGCCAUUGUAGUGGGUGUGAAGUAGUGUCUCAUUGUUUUGCCUUAUAUUUCUCUGAUGGAUUAAUAUUGUGGUGUUUAUAUUACUAACUUGGGCAGAAGUUUAAAUCUCAUACUUUCAUAUAGAAACCACCACAUAUUACUGGAUUAACCAGUAAUUCUGAAGCAAAACCAUAGUUCUCUACCAGAUAAAUGUUGUUCAUGAAGUUAUACUUGAAAAAAAGCAUAAAGUAAAAUGACUUGGGAUGAAGAUAACACCCUCACCUGGGACAUUAGUUUUGCAGUAUGAAUUCAUCUGCAGUGUUCUUUAUCUUCGUCCUAAAGUGCUAUUAUGUGACAUUUGCUAGAUAAUCCAGACAGCACUUUGGCUCAAUCCACAGUAUGGUGUCACUACACUAGAGAGUGGCAACGUGUAUCUCUUGUGGUUUUAUCAGUUGAGAUUAAAGGUGGUUUAUAGCACAGGAAACCUUUUCUCCACCGCUCUGCUUCUCAGUGUGGCCAGUAAUCUGUCACCUGACACUACUUAAAAUGGGUUGGGCUUUCUUGACUAUCCUGUUGCUGUGAUGACAUUAGGAUCUGACUGCAGAGGGGAGAAAAAGAACAUUUCUCUGACUUGUUUGCCUCCAUGUCCUUUGUCCCCAGUUAAAAGCACUGCCCUUGUUAGCCCUUACCUCUGUCUGGUUCUCAUGUUUUCUCCGCCGUCUCUCUCUUCACCCUGUGGAGCUCCUAGUCUGCUCAUAAUUGUAAAACGUCAAGGAGAGAACAGCAUGUGCAGCUUGGAAGGGUGAGUUUCACAGUGAGGAGGGAGCUAGUGGAGAGAAGAAGAAUCUCCAACCAAAUGUAGAAGAUGCUUUCUCUAGAAAGAGUCUCAGGAUACCUCCGAAAGCCCCCCAGGACAGAUAACGUCACAGGAGACCAGUCGUCCUCACUGGCACAUAGAGAGCCUCACCCAGAGCUAAGCUUCCUGUGUGCUGUGCAUUCCUGACUGCAUGUGGCACUGUUUGCAUAAGGCCUGCAGGGGACCAAGGAGAAAAGAGAAAGUGUAGGUAGUUCCUCCUUCUUAGUUUCUACCUAUCUGCUCCUCAACUUACUGUGGUGGGCCUUUGGCUCAGCUGGAGAGUGCUUCCAAAGAAUAUCUGCUCCUCAACUUACUGUGGUAGGCCUUUGGAUCAGCUGGGGAGUACUUCCAAAGAAUAACUAGAUUGAUUGGCAGAACUUGAAUUCUGCCACCCCAAAGUAAUGGGAGGCAACAACUUUAGACACUUAAGCUGGUGUAAGCUUUCAUGAAUUCUCUUUUUUGUUGUUUUUCUUUUUUUUGCUCUGUCUGAAGCAAGCACAUCCCAGCUACUAAGGAUCCUGGGUGACCGGCUAACCCUGGACCAUGUGCCUUCAGAGCUAUUACAGAGGAGCUAGAUAGUAAUCAUGAUGUUAGUAGCAAUUGUGGUUUGCUUCUGAUUUUUAGAGUGACUAGCCCUCAAGUAACUAUAAGAUAAAUGAUGGCAAGCGCUUGUUGAACUGGACCGUGUGUUAAGAUCGUGCGAAUAGCUGUGCACAGGCUCCCGGUUCAUUUUUUCCAUAGCCCUCUGGCAUGAUAUGGUCAUCCUUCAAGUGAGCUGUAAUGAAACUUAAUGCUUGCCUGCCAUAUCCAGUGUACCCUUAGCUCAACACCCGUCUGUCUGUGACCUGACAUAGUGAAUAUGGUGGCUCCCUGUUUCUCUAUGUCCUAUGAGGAGUGGUGGGGAGGAGGUAUAGGAGCCGAGAGAGGCUAUAGAGGGCUGUAUAGCGAGAGCGUACCCACAUUAGGAAGCCUGCUGACAGUUUAUUUUUCAUUGGAUUCCGAGUUUCCUUGCAGCAAUCUUUACAGAAAGCGUCAAGCUCCUUUCCCUCACAUUCUCACAGGAGGGAAUGAUGGCUGAGGAAAGCAGAUUCAUUUGUUCCUGUAACAAAAUAAUCAAAUGUGCUUCUGUGGAACAAAAAUGGAUUUGAAAUUUUGCUUGUUUUUUUCUAUUAUGAAAUUGAAAUAAAAAAGGAAUGUUACCUGUACUGGUUUUCUUAUUUCACAUGGAAAAUAAGAAUAUGUUUAGAGCCUGAGCAAGUAUCUUGUUUCCUUUCUACAAACAUUGUUAUCUGUAGUCACUGGCUCAAAGAAAUUGUUAUCACUUUACUGGACCCCUGUUCUAUGAGGGUUCUUGCCUUCCUCUCUGUCUCCCUCUCCCCCCUUCCCCUCCCUCCUUCUCUAUCACACACGCACAUGCACUUGCUGCUUGCUCCAUUCUGAGCUGUGUGCUUUCCAGCUAAGGUGAGUGUCUGCAAUGCUGUGACUACCGCUGUGCUCCUGCAACAGAUGCCUGCUGUCCAGAGGAGAGCUCUCAGCAGUGCCCCAGACCUUCCCUCACUGUUUAUCCCCACCAUGCACUCGCAGAAGCAAUUCUUUCAUCUGCCCCUAAGUGACCACUUGGGUAGACCAUGCCCUGAGUUCAGCAGCUUAUUCCAUUUUCUAGUAGAAAUUCUUUUUCUGAGUCUAGGGAAAUUUUAUGUUCAUUGGGUCUUAUUCUUAAAAGUAUUCCAGAGUGGCACAUGGUGAAAACGAGGGUGAAUCCCUUAAUUACAAGACUUUCCCUGAUUGCUUCCAAUAAGUAAAGCAAUUAUGCAGUGUAUUGGAAUAUGAAUACGUAUGCUUUGUAAUAUUAACCCUUGAUGUGGAAGAAGUAGCCUGGCCUUUGAAGUCAGGUAAUUGCAAAACUAAUGCUGACUGGAUGCCAGGCACUGUUGCAAGCUCCUUAACUUAGUUCACUCACACUUACCUCAGCCCUCUGAGAGUGCUUUAUUAAUAUGCCCAUUUCACAGAUAGGGGCAAACCUGAGGUGGAUUAAGAAAGCUGGUUUGAAUGUGGGAACCAGCAAUUGAAAUCAAGUGUCCUGUCUGAGUCCAGGCUUCCAAUUCUGGUGCUACACUUCAGUAGCUAGGUAGCUCUAGGAGCUAACCAGUCCUCACAGUACUUUGCCUACCCAUAAAAAUGGGCAAGGCUCUUUGAACAAUUAAAUGAGGAACAAACAUUGCUCCUAUUGUCAGAUAGCUCACUCUGUUGUUCCCUGUAACUUCUACCUAGGGGAUCCAGUACCACCUUCUAGCUUCCAUGGCCACCUGCACCCAGGCCUGCAUACCCACACAGGGCUGUGCACAGAAUUUAAAAUAAAUACAGUGUUUCUUUUAAAUGAAUUAAAGGGCAUACUGUGAGCAUGACCUGGGAUUCUUAAUGGUGACUCUACACCACUCAUUUGUGGGUUUCUUUUGUUUUUUUGUUUUAGUUUGGGCCCCACCCAGAGAAUUCAUGAUUCAUUUCAAUACCCCUUGGUAUGUGGUCUCUUGUGACCAAUUUAAGAUCCCUGUCAGAAUCACUUCAGAGUAAGCAGGGUGGCUUUUUAAAUGACUCUUCUUGAUGAGUGUACACCUCAGUUCAUUGUUAGUCAGCCUGGACUAAGACAGGAAGGUGGUAAAGAGCCAGCAUGAUAACCCGGAACAGUUGUUCCUGAAAUCCGUAAGUGGCCCGCCCUCGCUCCACUCCCUGCUGAAAGACAGCGUAUUUUAGGAAUAACCUAUGCAACUGAAAAGGAAUGUGUUGGUUCCCCCUCUGUUUGAUAGCUCCUCUGUUGUGACCCAGCGAACUAUCUUGAAAGUAAACCUUUAAAAGAUGUAGAGUGUCGCCCACAAAUGUUUUACAUUUUUAGGUCCGAGAACACUGAAGCUCAAGUGGGCUUAAAUAUUCUGGCUGAUACAGGCUUCUCCUUACCAGGUCCCUUACUCAGAGAGGAGGCACUUGUCAACACACCGCUCUCCAAAAGAGAAAGGAGCUCCCCAAAAGAACAAGUUACCCCUGCAGUGUUUUAUAUAAUGAGAGUUUGCUAUGUUGAGACUGAAGCACUUUUGAUUUAUAAAGCAAGCAUUCAUUUAAGAAAAUAUCACAUAACCUGAAAACUGUUAUCUGAGCAGAUUUUAGUUUUCUUUUGCAGGAACUGACUUACUUCAAGGCCAUGCCAUUUAGAUCUCAGGCUAAGCCAAAUCAAAGGUGACAAGGCAUAUUAGUGACCUGAAAGACUGUGCUAUCAACACUUUCCCAUGGUGGCACUGUCCCAUUUGACAGUCCUUUAUUGAAUGUUUACAAGACACUGGAAUUCAUAUAUUCAAAGGACACUGUCCCAAUAUUUAAGUGCAUGGGAGAGGGAAGUAGUGACGUUCAGCUGGUGUUAACGGUGGAGGAAAAUAUAAGUAGGCAGGAAGGGCCCUGGACCAAGCCAGAAGUAGAACAGGCGGGGGAUAGGGCUGAGCUACAAAGCUUCCUGCAGGAGGGACAGCUAUCAUGAUUCCUAGAGGACAGGUUACUGUGGAUAGAAGAACCUUCCAGCUGGUCACGCAUGGACAGUGUAAACAUCCUAACCAGCAUCACCUGGCUGCAGGUAAUGCCUUAUAUGACCUACUGGCUUCAGUCUUAAAUGACCUACUGGCUUCAGUCUUACAUUACCUACUAGCUUCAGGUUGUAACAUUACUUGAACAUUUUAAAAGUCAUUUUUUUGCCCCACAAUGAUUAACUGGGCUCAUAUGAGCUCAAAGGAAUAAGAUAUUUGGGACUUUCCUUUUUGCCUCUGGUUUGUGUCAUUUACUCUCUUCCAUUCAUCACUUGACAGGGUUACGUAGGAACUAGCAACACCCUCAGCAGUUAGGCCACUAGGAAAGGGGACAUUCACCUUCAAGAGAAGCCUGUGCCACCAGCUGCAGUAAACCUUAUCCCCAAUGUCAUUGGAAUCGAUGCCACUCUGACCAGUGGCUCCUGGUGUCCGUCUCAGUGCCCUUUAGCAGACUAACCUCUCUAGACUUGGCUAUCUUCUCCAGAUAAGGAAUAAUAAUAUCUCCUUACUCUACUACACUACCCUGUGGACAUGGGGGUGGAGUCUGACACGGAAUGAACUCACUCCUGGAGCAGCAGGAACAAGUUGUUAGCUGUUAAGGGACAGAGUCCUUCCAUGUGAGACUAAGACACAUACAAGGACUUCUGCAGUCCAGAGCUCCAUUUUCUUCAGAUACUGCUUUAUCAUUCAAGCCAGUGUGUUCCUUUCAUAGCCAUUGCCAGUCUGCUAUGUAUGUGCCAGACACUGUUCUCAGCACCUGGGAUAAACUCAGGAAUCAGUCCACACAAGAGUCUGAGCUGUGGUGUGGGAGUCAGCCUGACACACUUCAUGACUGGAAGGGGUGGGGAGCGUGGAAGGAAAAGAGAUGAGAGCAGAGCUUACAAGGCCCAGAUGGCACAAGCCCUACCAAACUAUUGUAGUAAAAACUAAGGACAGAACGAACAACUAUUAAUGACUAUUGAGCUUUUAGGAGAUAGUAGGCACCUGAGUUCUCUGUUUUAUCUGAAAUAAGCCUUUAUCUAAAGCAAAUGACACUGUCUCCAAGGGAGGCAAGGGAGAAGAGCUUGCAAAGAAAGGGCUGUCUGAUUUUGAAAUGCACUUUGGUAGAAGGGUGUGUGUUUGUGUGUGCGUGUAUAUCACAAGCUUGGGAAUAGCAAAAUUGAUUUUAGACUUCACUUGGCCUCUGUGUAAGCCCCUUGUUCAGGAACUGGGAAGCGAUUUUGGUGUCUUUGCUUCCAGAAGGACUGGACCAAAGAAUCCAGCCUCACAAUGCUCACUACUUGGGUGUUUUUCCUGGAGCACUAAACCGGUCCACAGUCUCCCUGCCCACUUUUAAAGACUCCAACAUUGCUGAGUGCUUGUUAAGGGCAGAGGCAAAAACCAAAAUACAAAAAGUUCAGUUUCCUGUUUCUGGUUAUGACAGACCAGAAAAUGAGGUGGCUUUCAGAGCAGCUGCAGUGACCCGUGGACCUGCACUUUAGCUGUGACUCACAGUAGUAGCCUAUAGAGACUGACAGGCUCCUUGUUCUACAAGAUGUUCUGAGCUGAGUGGACUCCCCCAAAGUCAAGUUGCUUGUUUAAGACCAAACCUCAAGGUAGAAUAUGAAGAACAGGCAGAAGGCUUAUUGAAAUAAGUCAGCUUAUUUUGCAGGACAAAAUGAAAACCUGCAAGACAAUCUUUUUUUUUAAUUAAUUAAUUUAUUUAUUUUAUGUAUAUCAGUACACACUGUAGCUGUACAGAUAGUUGUGGGCCUUCAUUUGUUGGGAAUUGACUUUUUUUUAGGACUUCUGCUUGCUCUGGUCAACCCUGCUCACUCCUGUCAACCCCACUCGGUCAGUCCCUGCUCACUUCAGCCCAGAGAUUUAUUAUUAUAAAUAAGUACCCUGUAGCUGUCUUCAAAUGCACCUGACGAGGGUGUCAGAUCUCAUUACAGGUGGUUGCUGGGAUUUCAACUCACAAAACUUCAGUGCUCUUACCCACUGAGCCAUCUCACCAGCCCCUGCCAGACAAUCUUAAUUCAUACAUUACUGAUUUGAAAUUCAUGAAACCAUUGAAAGAGAUGAGCUGUUAAUAAUAAUAAUAACAAUAACAAUAAUUAUAAUAGUAAUAAUAAAGUUGGAGUCUUACUAUUUAGCUGUCUGUUAUUUAUUUGCAAAGCACGGUGCUGGCCACCAACAGUGCAAAUAUAAGUGACCACUGGCUUCUACCCCUCUGACUAUGUAGGUAAUUUCUAAGUAUUUAGGGUA